AUGAAGACAUGUGAAGCUGGGAGGAGCUCGUAUGCGCUCAUCGGGCAGAAGAGCGGGAGUGCCUUAUCCGAGGUAUUGUUGCCAGAAGGCAGUGGAACCGCCGUUGCAGUUGCUCAAGUCGUGCUGCCAGAACCGGUGCCGCUUCUGUGCAAGAUGUACAACUGCUUUUGGGGAGCUCUUCGAUAUGUACUGCGGGCAGAUGCACUGGAGACACCUGGAAAUUCUCUCGAAGCUUGCUGCGAAGCAGUCGGCCCAGGCAACCAUGCAGUCAUAGUUCGAAGCGCCGGGUUUUCAGAUGGGAACGAAGCCGAAUUCUGGGUGAAUGGUGAACUCAUCUAUAAGACUGGUACACGUGGGCUCACGAUAGUGGACCUGUGGCCCGACAUGACAGUCAAGCACACCGAGACCUUCGACACCUACACCGACGCUUGUUUACAGCAUGGCGACACCAAUGUUUUUCCAAAGCUCAAUGCUGUGCAUAUGAAAUCUGAAAGGCUAUGUGCCCCAAGUGCCCAGCUGGCCAUGGUUCGGGUAGAGCAAUACCUCUACCGAUACUGGUCGGAGCCGUGGAUGAAGCCUCUGCCAGCUUCAGCCAAGAGGCAUGGACUUGCGGAGCACCCGGAUGCGGUGGGCGUGCUGCACGUGCGGCCAACCUUCUUCGAGAGUGCGGGGCCACAUUACCCCAGCCGAUUUCAUUUCGGCCCCUUUGUGGCACUCAUGCUCGGGCUUGGAAUCUGCAGGGAUGGGCAAGGUAUCCUUGGUUACGAGGAAGGCAAGAACUUGGAUGUAGAACUGCAACAGAGCUCCUACGCGCUCAUCGGCAUCAAGGGCGGGAACGCCCUGUCGGAGGUGGUGCGCGAGGAAGGAGCAGGAUACGCCGUAGCUGUCGCUGAGGCAACCAUGCUGUGGUCGUACGAAGCGCUGGGUAUGAGGAACGGGGAACUCAUCUAUGAGACCAGCCGGCGGGGGCUCACAGUAGUGGACCUGUGGCCCGACAUGACGGUCAAGCACACCGAGACCUUCGACACCCACAUCGAUUCCUCUUCUUUGGUCGCAUACCUGAGCUCGGUCGACGAAGGCAGCAUGAUACUGGUCGGAGCCGCGGAUGAAGCCUCUGCGAGCAUCAGCUUCGAGGCGGCCAACCUUCUCCGAGAAAGCGGGGCCACAUUUCCCCGGCCGAUUUCUUGGCGGAGUUCUUAUGCGCUCAUUGGCAUCAAGGGCGGGGAAGCCCUGUCGGAGGUGGUGCGAGCACAAGGAGAUGGAUAUGCUGUAGCUGUCGCUGAAGUGAGCCCGCCUGAGACCACGCCGCCUCCGCCAUUGCCAUUUUGCGACAUGAAAGUUGCGGAGCCGCCCAUGUCGGGUGUGCUGGCCGCCGACGGCAAUCUGGAGCUCGAUGCGGGCUGCCGAUUCCGCGUGUGGGAGAGCCCCGACAUGGCCCAAUGUCUGUCAGGAACCUGGGUAGUCGUGACGGGCUCUUCCAACGCGUUGCUGAUUUUCAACACCCUGCUCAUGCUGCUUGCUCCGGCAGAGGCAGACGUGCAGCGGCGCGGCCGAUAUGGGGGCGCUCACCUCCUUGAUGCUGUGGUGGAAGACGGCGUCCUCAUCUACUACGAAACUGUGAGGUCGUCGGAGGCAUCCUGUAUUCAGAGCACAGCAGGUGGCGGCAGCAACGAGACCGAAUGCAGGAGCAUCUACAGCAGCUCGUUGCAGAAUGCUCCACCGCCAAAUGGUAGAAGGAUCCGAGUCACAAUGUUCCUGUCCUUCUUCUGGGCCCGAACUGGCACAGCCAUGGAUCUUGUUGAAGCAGAUCGAUCGUGGGCCACUGCCGAGGUUGCCAUGGUCGUCCAGGUAGUGGCCUGGUAUGUUGUCUGCAACGGUAUUAAAUUCACCGGCUGCCCGCGUUCCAACCUCAUUGACAUGGAGGAAGCGGCCGUGAAAGCCAUGUUUGUCACAGAGAUGGAGGCUGUGCUGGAUCGAAUGGCGCCGUUUUGUGAGCCAGGCGGUCGUGCCGGACAGCGUGGCUGCGCCGUCGCGACGAACUCUUGGAGUGAUCCGGGUCCCACGUUGAUGGCCAUGUUCCAGGGGUACAACAGUGAAGUUACCAAGGCCAUGCAGCCGAGAAAGUCAUCAACCUUCCGUCUUGUGGACAUCUUUGCCUUGGGGGCAACUAUGCCUGGAGAGACAUACCUCGGCCACGGAAGCCAGAUUCUUCACAUUUGGACGUGGCAGGCGCUCCUAGGCGGAUUUUGCGCAGCUUCUUCUGCUACGCCUGGAAGGCAGAUGGAGUUUGAAGGGCCAGUGUGUUGGAGGAAGGAUGCAAGCUUGGAUUCGUGCACUGCUUAUACGGGAACGGUGCUUUGGCAAUGCAUGAACAGCAUGCUUUGCGUUCACCGGCUCCUAGACAAGCCAACCACCUCGCAAAUAACCACCACUUCCAGCAUCGAUUCGUUCGCGCCUGUGGAUGGGGGAGCUGACCGUGCCUGCCGCGGGGCCGGGGCCGGGGACAACAGCGCCAGCUACUACAAUGUGAUAUCGGCGGCAUCACUUCUGGCUUGCAAAGAGGAGUGCAUCCGCACAGAGGCGUGUGUCGGCAUCGAGUACAGUGCUAGCCGUUGUGAAGUCUGGACUCGGCCAGAAGGCAUCCAGGCUUCCGUCCACCUGGCUGGCUUCACAUGCCUGAGCUACGCUUCGCCUCUUGCCACCACGACCACGACCACCAGGUUCGCGCCUGUGGAUGGGGGAGCUGACCGUGCCUGCCGCGGGGCGGGGGCCGGGGACAACAGCGCCAGCUACUACAAUGUGAUAUCGGCGGCAUCACUUCUGGCUUGCAAAGAGGAGUGCAUCCGCACAGAGGCGUGUGUCGGCAUCGAGUACAGUGCUAGCCGUUGUGAAGUCUGGACUCGGCCAGAAGGCAUCCAGGCUUCCGUCCACCUGGCUGGCUUCACAUGCCUGAGCUACGCUUCGCCUCUUGCCACCACGACCACGACCACCAGGAUGAGCGCAACACUUUUCGAAGCAGUGGACGGUGGCAUCAACCGCGCGUGCCGCGGAGCAUCGGCUUCCGACAACGCGCCGGCCAACUAUGUGGCCAUCUCAGGUGUCCGGAAUCUUGGCGACUGUCAGAUCGAGUGCACGCAGGUCGCUGCUUGCGUAGGGAUCGAGUUCAGCAAUGGCAGAUGUGAAGUUUGGAUCCGCCCCGGUGGAAUCCAGGCUUCCGUUGCAUUGAGCGGCUUUACCUGUCAACGCUUGCUUGGAGCGACCCGUCGGUUGGACAUGGACAUGACGGUCUUCCCCUGA